ACCGGGGUCGUCGUCGUCGUCCACCACCUCCCCUCGGCUCCGCCCUUAAUGGCGCGCUAGCGCUAAUCAGCGAGCUUAACCCCACCGGCUGGAGCGAGCGCCAGUGCUUGAGCUUGACGCAGAGCGUUACAUGGGGGUGGGGGUGUGGGCGCUUGUACGCUAGCCAUUAAUACGGCAGGUCGCCCAUCCCAUCGCGGCCGCCGCGCCCGUCUCCCCCCGCCUGCCCGCUCCGGCUUAAAUCCCCCCCGCGUCCCGGUCGCGCACCCCACUCCGCCGUGCCUCCCGUCGCUUCCUCCGCCGCGCUCCGACCGCCCGUGCGCCGCGCGCUCCCGUUCGUGCUGGUGGGCGGCCGGCCCCGUCGAGGAGAUGGACUCGGUCAUGACCGCCCCCGACGCGCCGCCGCCGGCCGUCGUGCUCGUCUCCGCCGGCGCCAGCCACUCCGUCGCGCUGCUCACGGGCAAUGCGCUGUGCUCGUGGGGCAGGGGCGAGGACGGGCAGCUCGGGCACGGCGACGCGGAGGACCGGCUCGUGCCCACGGUGCUGAGCGGCUUCGACGCGCCCGGGAUCACGUCGGUCAUCUGCGGCGCCGACCACACCACCGCCUACUCCGAGGAGGAGCUGCAGGUCUACAGCUGGGGGUGGGGAGACUUCGGGAGGCUGGGGCAUGGCAACUCCACCGACGUCUUCACGCCCCAGCCAGUCAAGGCGCUGCAGGGGCUCAAGAUCAAGCAGAUUGCCUGCGGGGACAGCCAUUGUCUCGCCGUCACCAUGGCCGGAGAAGUGCAGAGUUGGGGCCGUAACCAAAAUGGACAGCUAGGAUUUGGAACUACUGAAGACUCGCUGCUCCCACAAAAGAUUCAGGCUUUUGAGGGUGUUUGUGUGAAAAUGAUUGCUGCUGGUGCUGAGCAUACUGCUGCAGUAACUGAAGAUGGUGACCUCUAUGGAUGGGGCUGGGGUCGAUAUGGAAACCUAGGUCUUGGGGACCGUAAUGAUCGUCUGUUUCCAGAAAAAGUAUCUUCUGUGGAGGGUGAGAAGAUGGUGCUUGUUGCAUGUGGAUGGCGCCAUACCAUUACUGUUUCUGAAUCUGGUACUACGUACACUUAUGGUUGGAGCAAAUAUGGUCAACUGGGACAUGGUGAUUUUGAAGAUCAUUUAGUUCCACGUAAACUUGAAGCUUUGAAAGAUAGCACUAUAUCCCAGAUUUCAGGUGGUUGGAGGCAUACAAUGGCACUUACAUCGGAGGGAAAGCUUUAUGGGUGGGGGUGGAACAAGUUUGGACAAGUUGGAGUUGGCAACAAUGAUGAUCACUGUUCCCCAGUACAGGUUCAUUUUCCAGAGGAACAGAAAAUUUCCCAAGUUGCUUGUGGAUGGAGACAUACGCUUGCCCUUUCCGAAAAGAAAAAUGUUUUCUCCUGGGGAAGGGGCACUAGCGGACAGCUUGGCAAUGGAGAAAUAGUCGACAGGAACACGCCUGUGCUGAUUGAUGCCUUAAGCCCAGACGGUUCUGGCUGCAAGAAGUUAGAGUCAUCCACAGCAGCUCCAUUCACAGCCAAAGUCUGGGUCUCCCCGUCAGAGAGAUACGCAAUAGUCCCUGAUGAAAACGUUCCGAAAUCAGGCGAAGGCACCGCGCGCGGCAACGGGGCGGACGCGAACGUGCCGGAGAACGAUGUAAAGAGGAUGCGCGUGCAGUCGUAGCUCUACCAUCUCCUCCCCUAACCCUAGUACCACUAUAAAGGAAGAACUGGUGCCCUUAGUCUCCGCUGUUCCCAUCCAGCGGUGUCCGAUUUUGUGCAUCCCGUUCAGCCCAAGUGCUCUCUCUUCUCUAUCUCUCUCGGUCCACGAACCUCCUGCUGUUGAGACCUGGGAUGGUGACAUUGUCUCUCCUGGUGUUAAGAAGUAAGAACUUUGAUGAGAUGGUGCCGUUGCCUCGCAGCAAUGAGAUGUGUGAUUCGCCUCGUUGAGGUGUGCCUAGCGAAA